UCUCCGAGGCCUGUAUUACUUUGGUGUCUGUUGUUUGUUCAGGAGGGUUUUCUUGAGGAGGGCACAGAGUUUGCAAAUAGGGGACGGGAAGGGGCGAGGCUGGACCAGCUAGGAGCUGGGGUGCCCUGAGUCCCAGGACAUGACACAGGUGGCAUAUGCCAGCCAUGGGAGCCCAGCAUUCCACCUCUGCCCGCCCCCCUUCCUACAAGAGAAAGAAAGAUGACAGGGAGGAUUUUCUGGAUGAGCGGGAGCAGGAAGAAGCUAUUGCCCAGUUCCCAUAUGUGGAGUUCACCGGACGGGACAGUAUCACCUGUCUCACGUGCCAAGGGACAGGCUACAUUCCAACAGAGCAAGUAAAUGAGUUGGUGGCUUUGAUCCCACACAGUGAUCAGAGAUUGCGCCCUCAGAGAACUAAGCAGUAUGUCCUCCUGUCUGUCCUGCUCUGUCUCCUGGCAUCUGGUUUGGUGGUUUUCUUCCUGUUUCCACAUUCAGUCCUUGUGGAUGAUGAUGGCAUCAGAGUGGUGAAAGUCACAUUUAAUAAGCAGGACUCCCUUGUAAUCCUCGCCAUCAAGGCCACCCUGAAAAUCAGGAACUCCAACUUCUACUCUGUGGCAGUGACCAGCCUGUCCAGCCAGGUUCAGUACAUGAACACAGUGGUUGGGUCAUAUGUGACAACUGACGUCUCCCUCAUUCCACCUCGGAGCGAGCAACUGGUGAAUUUUACGGUGCAGGCUGAGAUGGGAGGACCAUUUUCCUAUGUGUACUUCUUCUGCACAUUACCUGAUAUCCAUGUGCACAACAUAGUGAUCUUCAUGAGAACUUCAGUGAAGAUUUCAUACAUUGGCCACGUGACCCAGAGCUCCUUGGAGACGCAUCACUAUGUGGAUUGCGGAGCAAAUUCCACAGCUGUUUAGAAACUGCUCCUGGUUCUUCUGUGGCAGCACCUCUCAGAAGACAGCAUCUGCUCCCAGGGCCUGAGCUCCUUACCUACCCCAGGUGGCAGAAGUAGAGGAGAAGCUACUUCUCCAUCCCCAGCAAGCAUCCUCCUGCCACUUAGGAAAAUGCCUUUCUGCAGCACCAUUUAUGUCUCUCUGAACCAGCAGAAUCACUGCCCAGUGCCCAGCCUAUGCCCAGCAAAUAGUAGGCACUCAAAGAAGGUUUGAAGAAUUUAACUCAGAUCUUUUCAGCCGUUCUUGGAGCAUUAUAAAUUGAAAGCAUACAGUGGUACUAGGUUAUCAAACCAUAGAGUGACAUGGAGAUAGGGCUGUUAGUGCAGCUGCACAGCUAUUAUCAAGACCUCAUCUGCGCAGAAGAGGCAGCAGAGAGGGAACAUUUGAAUACGUAAAAGAAGAAAGCACAGACCAUUCAGUAUGUGAAAUUUUUUCAUCUAAAAACCUAGGAGCUUUAAAAAAAAAGCAAAACUUUUUUUCCUGUAGAAAGUUAUAAUUGUUUUUAUCGAGAGUCUAUGUGGGGCUUGAUUUACCCUUCAUCCAUUGGCUGGAACAUGGAUUGGGGAUUUGGUAGAAUAAUAAAUCCUGCUUUUGGUUCA